UUCCGGUUUCGGCUCCUCUAGCAGACGCACAUAGCAAUGGCACCUCGCAAGGGCAAGGAGAAGAAGGAGGAGCAGGUGAUCAGCCUGGGCCCCCAGGUGGCAGAGGGAGAGAACGUGUUUGGGGUGUGCCACAUCUUCGCCUCCUUCAAUGACACUUUCGUCCACGUCACUGACCUCUCUGGCAAGGAGACGAUCUGUCGCGUGACUGGUGGGAUGAAGGUGAAGGCGGACCGAGACGAGUCUUCCCCCUACGCCGCCAUGCUGGCUGCCCAGGACGUGGCACAGAGGUGCAAGGAGUUGGGCAUCACCGCCCUGCACAUCAAGCUCAGAGCCACAGGUGGCAACAGAACCAAGACUCCUGGACCAGGGGCACAGUCGGCUCUCCGGGCCCUGGCCCGCUCUGGCAUGAAGAUUGGCCGCAUUGAGGAUGUCACCCCCAUUCCAUCAGACAGCACCCGCAGAAAGGGUGGGCGUCGUGGGCGUCGUCUGUAAUUUUUUUUUUUUUCUGAGUCACUCAAUAAAGUCAAAUCCACCACCUC